UGCGGAAGUAGUCUGUAACCAUACUCAGUUACAGUACUGCAAAAGUUCAUAGGGCUCGUUUUAAAACUAUAUCCUAUUAAGUACGUAAGUGUGAGUUUUAUUUUUGUAUUUAAAAGUCACGCCGUAACGUGUUUCAGUCUAUUAAUUCAGUCUCUUGUAAGUAGUACGGAAGUGUCCUGUAGUCAUGGCGACUAGCGAGCGCGCCACUGAUGACGUAGUGACGUAGUGUUCCAUUUUGCCAUACAGUUUUGCCAUAAGUGUCGGUUUAUACAGCGCCUGUGUGAUGUUGACUAGCCACGCCCUGCUCGAACGCGAUUGGUUCGUGCGCGUCCCCCCCCCAGGGAGCCAAUCAGAAAGUGCCGUCUUUAGUCCAGUUUAAACUCCAGCUGGACUGUGAUGAGGAGAAGAGGUGACCCUUCUCCUUUCCCAGCACUAACUCUUUUUCUUGGUCUCCUCAUUUUUCUUCAGGAAUAAAUCAUGCUAAAGAGGGUUUAAGAGGUUUUUUUUUUUUUUUUUAAAAAGACUUAGGGGAUUUAGGACACAUCUUGAAGAAACAACUCCAUGUGCACAGAGACUCAUAUAUUUUUUUUGCUUGUUUGCAGAACUGACACUACAAAAGAUUUUUUUUUUUUUUUAAAGUGAUUUUAUUUUGGUUCUUUGGAUCAUCCAGGUGAACAUGGCGUACCAUGCACCGUUUUUUCCUCUGCUGGGGUGUGGGAGGCCUCUGAUGGAGCAGAUCACUGGGAGCAGCAUCAUCAUCUCCAGCCCUUCAUCUUCAUCAUCAUCUAUUCAUCAUCACCUCCAGCAUUUGGAGAAAGAGGAAGAGGAGGAGGAGGAGGAGGAAGAGCCGGUGGUGCGCCUGGAGGGCCUGGAGCUGUGGAGGCAGUUCCACCGGAUCGGCACUGAGAUGGUCAUCACAAAGUCAGGGAGGCGGAUGUUUCCUCCGUUGCGUGUGCGCUGCAGCGGUUUGGACCGGAGAGCGAGCUAUGUGCUGCUGAUGGACAUCGUGUCGUCGGACGGCUGCAGGUACAAGUUUCAUCACUCGCGCUGGACGGUGGCGGGAAAAGCCGACCCGGAGCUGCCCAAGCGCAUGUACGUUCACCCGGAGAGCCCGGCCUCCGGAGAGCACUGGAUGUCCCGAGUGGUGACGUUUCACAAGCUGAAACUGACCAACAACAUCUCGGAUAAACACGGAUUUACCAUUUUGAACUCCAUGCAUAAAUACCAGCCGCGGCUGCACGUGGCGAGAGCUGAUGAUCUCCUCAAACUUCCCUACAGUGCGUUUAGGACCUUCCUGUUUCCUGAGACCGAGUUCAUCGCCGUCACUGCUUACCAGAACGACAAGAUAACGCAGCUGAAAAUCGAUAAUAAUCCGUUCGCGAAGGGAUUCCGGGACACGGGAAACGGGAGGAGGGAGAAAAGAAAACCUGUAAUGCUGCAGUUCAAGGCCAGAGAUGUGGAGCAGAAUAAAGACGGCGGAUCCUCAGAUAAUUUGUCCUCCGAUCGUCCCGGCCAUUUCCUCCAAGUUCCAACUAUCGCAACGUCCACAUUGAAAGAUCUCUGCGAGAGUGACAGUGAGAGUGACGCAGAAUUGGAGAGCUCGAACCAUCCGUCCAAACUGGACUCCAGAGAAACCUCCACCACCAGCCACCAGCUGAAAGACAUUCGGCCAAUCAGAGGCAGCACGACAGAUAAACGUAGCAUUGAGAAGCACGUGUUAGACCUGAACGCCGUCCCUCUGCAUGCUGAACACCUCACACGGACUCUGGGCGAGUGUUUCCUUCAUCGCUGCUGCUUUGCAGGACACCAGCUCCUCGCCGGCGCGAGAAGAACGUCUCGCUUUCUGCCAAACCAGAACUGUGUGAACUUCUGGACGGCUGGCGCACCAGCUGCUGGAGAAAGCAUCAGGGGCUGCAGCUACGGCGCCACGGAGACUUCACACCGGGGCAUUCUGGGAAAUUUCCCACUGGGCCUUCAGCAACCUGAAACCACCUCGCAGGCUCUGAUCAUCUCUCACUGUUACCCGUAUAACUGUAUGCUGGCGGCUCCGUGGACUCAGCGAGUGCCCGCUCCUGCUGUGAGCCACCGGCCUCGCUGUACACCGUACCCGCUCCCACACGCCUCACACACACACCCGCUGCAGCCCAAACGCCACGCUACCGCCCGACUCGAGCCCGAGAGCAAAGUCAGCAGGGGUCAGAGGUCACCGACGCCACCUUCCAGCUAAACGACGUUACGCUGAUUUAAAGUGAACUGAACAGCAAUAAAAUAUCAUACCUGUGACUGAAGUGUGGAACUCGAAUCCCUGGGGAAACGCUC